AUGAAGCUUUCCGAUUUUAAUAUUACGGAGGGCCUCCACACACGAUGGUGUCGCUUCAUGAUCCAGCGAUAUCUUGGACAGUUUCUCGAGCAGAAUCUAACACUUGAUCAGCUUUCUGUGAAAUUAAUUGCUGGAGAACUUUCAAUAAAUGAAGUGAAAAUCAACGCACAUUAUGUAAACGAACUUCUUACGUCCAUGAACGUGCCGUUGAGGCUCACAGAUGGCUUUGUUGGAGGCAUAACAAUAGAAGUCCCAUGGCGUGCUCUGACAUCUGAUGCAAGUAAAAUGAAAGUGAGGCAGUUGGAUUUGACAUUUGAGUCGCGAGAUGGUGUCAAGCUUGACAAUAAAGAUCUCGUUUCAUCAAUGAUCGGUAGUGUAGUCGAAUCUCUUGUGUCGUCUAGCGAAUUAGCUCGAAGUUUUUAUGAGAACGAGAAAGAAGCUGGUGAAGAAGAAUUCGACACUGAAGCCAAGGAUGGAGUCAAAGCCUUUACUAAGGUUAUCGAUGCGAUUGUAUCACGUUUCUGCCUGGAACUAAUCGACACAACGAUACGACUGGAAAAUCCGCCAAAGCUUUUGUCAGACAUGUGCACUGCUAUCGAAAUCCGGAUUAAAGAAGUGCGCUUCAUGGACGAACAGAUGCGAAAUUGUCAGCAAGAAGGUAGAAGUGCUGAGACGAUCACAAGUCAACCACAAGGAAUGGGAAGCAUUGCAAACCUCAACAAGUUUAUGGAUAUGUCAGGUGUGGAAAUAUUUACCGACGUUUUCACGGAAUUAGAGGAUCAACUUUCCGAUAAUAAUUCUAGUCAGAUUGUUACGAGUAUGUACAUAAGACGAGAAAAACAAAAACAUAAGUCUCCAACGCUAGCUAGCCACGAGUCGAUAUCUCCUGAGCUUUUCACAUCAGCUCUCUCAUCAUCUACUGCCAAUUUUCAGUCAUGCUACUCUAACUUAAAUGCGGGCGAAUCUUUGAAUCAAUCAGUAGGAGAACCUUUCAAAAUCACAAGAGUAGAUACUGAGCGAGAAUUAAUAUCUAGUCCUGUAAAAUUUGCUGAGUUUAUUGGAGAAUCUCGACUGAUUUUUCGUAUAAAAAAUUCUGAUGCUGUAGCUGACAAAAAGGAUAACAGGGUCGAAAUCGAGUCGUUCUUUACGGGUUUACAUUGUUUCAUCUUGCCUUCACAAUUCGAUAUUCUGAAACGGUUCUUCAACUCGGUAUCACUGCCUCAAGGCGAGAAAUUGAAUGAUUUUGGUAAGAAGAUGGAUAAGUCCGAUUAUGAUGCAAUGGCGAAAAAUAUUGAGGAGGAAGCGUUCCAGAAAACUCGUUUAACCACGUUAGGAAUGCAAGGCACGUGGAGCAGGCGAGAUGAUUUUCAUGAGUUUGAUUCUGUAAAUUUGGAAGACAACCGUUCGUUGAGGAAAUUAAGUGAAGCGUGUCGUGAGAACUACAACACUAUAAAGACAGACUCGUCAAAGAAGGAAAGCACAUUGUUGUCUGCGAAAAUUGGAACGGUUCUUGUUUACAUCCCUCACAAUGACACAAUGUCUGUUGAGUACGUGAAAACCCUCGGCAAUGGUUGUCAUGAAGCGAUAGAUCAUAUUUUAGAAGAGUCCGAAAGCUUCUUCGCAAAAGCUGCAAAAAUUUCUCUGAAGCCCUCAAAUUUGCAUAAUGCAAGAAAUAUGUUGGAUAAAUUGUACAGUAAAGACCAUCUCAGAAUUGUUGGGACAUCUGUUGUCUUCAAUUAUCAGAUGGACAAAAGUAGUACGAGUGAGCAAAUGAAAGCGAAAUUGAUCUUUCCGAAUGUGGACGUCAUAGAGUACCUGACUCCGGAAUCUAAUCCACGUGAACCGCAAAACCCUCAUAUACCGCUAUUUGAUUUCUCAAAUUUCGAGAAUCCUGACCAGGAACCACAACUUAAACUGGUCUUUUCAUCUCCUGCGGGUGGCGAAGAUUCCAAGGCGUACGUCUACCUAGGGAAAUGCCGAUGUGAGUUGGAUCUGAGCAUAGUGGAUAGGAUUGCGGAUCUUUUUGAGCCGCGGCCAUUUUUUGACUUACCAUCGUAUAAGCGCUCAAGGAAGGAUCCCCUUCAACUUCGUGACGAUCUCUUCGGUGUACCACUUGUUGUUGAACAGCCUAGCCGAUUGAUGGUGGUUUUGAAGUGCCAUGCUAUAGAUGUCAACCUAAGGAUACCGAUAGCUGACCUGCGCAAUCCAAGUGGAGCUCGACUACCUUAUCGUCAACGUCACGUUCAUCCAGAAUACAUCGGUUUGCAUAUCAAUUCAGUGACGGUAGAAAUGCCCAUCGGUGGCGAGAGCACGUUAUUGGAACUAUUCGCUACGGAAAUAUACGGCAGUUUUUGUGGUGUAUCAGAGAAGUUCACGUGUUCGGAUGAGGACCGCCGUUUCCUUUGGGGAGGACAGACAUCGGUAGACGAACCUGUCCAUGUGAAAUUCGAAUAUGAUCCUCGCAACAAGGCUCUCAAGGCUUCCAGCACCAAGAUUCAUUACGUCAGCGGCAUUGGUGACGAUAUGACGAAGAGCAUUUCACUUUCUGUCAUGCAGUCAUUACCACAAAGGGAAGGUCCGUUCGCACAGACUCACCGCUCGUACCUCCACAAUCACGAAGAAGGAAGCGAUUUGAUUUUGGCUGGUUCUCGUGAGGAGAUGACAGCAUUCGGAGCGAGAUGUAUCCUCCAGUCGGUGCUGGUGAUAUCGCUGGAUAUACCGAUUCUUCGGCUUUUGAUUCCGAGCCAUUCUUACCUUGAGGUGCUUUACAAUAGGCUGGUGAAUGAUCUCCUUUUGUGGCAACCAGCUGCACCCAGCGUAAGGCCAGGUGAUGAUGAAUUCAAGAUCAAUGCCCUCAGUGAUGACAUGUUCCAUGAAUGCGGCGGGGAUCCAGUGGAUCGCUAUGAAGACGACUGUGAAGAAGAACGUUUUACGUCGUCACAGGCGAAUGGCUACGACAAAAACAAAUCGCACACUCUCAGUCUACUGUUGAAUGUGAAGAAAGGGACAAUGCUGAUGUGCACAGGCGCUGAUGAGAAUGCUGAUCGAAACGAAAUGGGCCAGGUCUCGAUCGAACUUUCGGAUGCGCAAUUGUUUGCGGUCGCCGGGUAUCACGGACGUAUAAGUGACACCUACUUUUAUUUCACUACACAUACGAUUGGUGUUGGGCACAGAAAUGCUUGCACGAUGCCAAAAGUGGUGAAUCAGGCUGAUUUCGGGAAAUGGAGUCGUGACGAUACGCAGAUGGACUCCAUCUCUUCUUCGGAUGAGUUCAGUUCACAGUGCAGCGACGACUCAGUCGGAGUUGCGAUCUUUCUGUGCGAGCGGCUUGGACAGAAUAUUAAGGAUGUUCUGCUUGCUAUUGCUGUUCGGAGUACUUGUGUGCAGCUGCGACCUUUUCGUAGCUCCAAGGAGACGUGGAUGUUCCAGUUAGCAGAGUUGUUUGCCCUGCAGGACUACCCUAUACCUGGUUAUGAGCUACCUGUCGUUACGACUGAUUUGCACAUCCAUUUGGAUAACGUAGUUCUGGCCUACGAUCACGCGUGGACCAAGCCUGAAAGUGAUAUUCGAUUGAGGUUAGUGCUGGGUGAAAGUGAUAUAAGCAGUUCCAUCAUUCAGGACAUGAACGCUGCCAAAGUGGUGAGCAUUUUCGAAGGUGCACGACUGUACAUGAGUAAUGCCAAGAAGUCGAAGGAUAAUGUUCGUUUUGUGGAACAGCGGUCUGGUGGACAAGCGUCGAAGAACAGCCCUGUAAAACGGAAGUUCUUCAAAGUCGUUGACGUUGGAUUGUUCCAAUUGGAGAUUCUGUCCUCCUUCUUUCCUGUCAGUGAGAAUACUCACGUCAGCGCCCCAAUUCUUGAAAUUCGGUGUCGAAAUGAUAUAAUCAAGGCUUGGGUGUGUGUUGAUUCUCUUGUCGUCUUGCUUAAUCUGGCAUCCGAAAUUUCUCGAUCGGAGAAAUUUGCCACUGCUGAGCCGAAGGAAGUCUCCAAAUGCCCGUCUAUGGACAGCUGCGAGGAUAGCUCACCCGCCGAACGCAACGCGUCAACUCCUUCCACCAGUCAAGAGAUAGGAAAUCUUCCGAAACCGGUUGAGAUGAAAAUGAAGCGUAUGCUUGCUUCUGCGAUGCAAGAGGUAUCACCAUCACCGUCUGGCGGUGCAUCUGCAGGGAUUCCAUGUGGAAGAGAUGCACUUGAAGAGUUCUCUCCGAAUUUCUCAGUCAACCAGAACUUGCUCGCGAAGGCGUUAGUGGAGACCGCACAGACUGAAAGAAAUCGAGCAUAUUCAUUGUCAACUGAUGAUGAAUUCUGUAUGGUGGACGAAGACGUUAUCGGUAGCGGGAUCACUAAUGCUACUGGUGAGCCGAAUAUCAAGUAUAUUGGCUCUCGAAGCGAUCGAUCCUCAUCAAAUGUCGGCAUCACCAUUGAUCCGCAUCAUUUUCGUGUUCCAAGUGAAUGGCGUGGUGACGGUUUAGCUGCUUUGCCGGCGGACUUCCCAUCGCCGGUUGCACGAUAUUUGCUACGCGACAUUUCCAUAAGCGUCCAUCUGUUUGGUGGAUCAGACCUGAGUGAGGAACCUCCAAAGGAGCGUAGCUAUAGUACACCUGAAUAUCGCGAGGGUAAAGGAAAAAAUCAGGUUGUCUCACCAGAUGCCGUUGGUGGAAAAUAUCGUGAUCAUUCAGUUUGUGUUGUUCUCGAGUUGAAAAAGAUUACCUGUAUAUUUCAACAGUUCAACAAGGAUGCGCCAUUGAUGGCAAUGAAGCUGUUCACGAUCCAUGAUAUAACGCUGUACGAUAGGCUUACAGCUAGUCAGAUCAAAGAAAUGAUGUAUCAGUACUCAUCUGCUGAACAACCUCGAAGAACAUGCGCGCCGAUGUUAGCUGUUCGUGUGGUCGAAUCUCAUAAAAACGAAGGGAAGCUCAGAGUCUCAAUGCUGCCAAUAAAAUUCAACAUCGAUCAGGACACAAUGGAAUUCUUGGAUGAUUUUUUCCAAGAAGUGCGGACACGUGUAGAGAUCCCUACUGAAGUGUCUGCUGCCGUAGCUAGCCGGCCAGUUCUGGAAGUGCCAGCCACGAUACGAUCUGGCACUGAUAAGGGUACAGUGGAAAAUAGCCAUGUCUAUCCGUCGCUUAAUCGAGACACUCCUUUGAAUCUGGAUGUCCUCACGCCAGAAGCUGCUCCUCCGUCACCGAUAUAUGAUCUUUCCUAUCUGGAAAACUGUUCCAAAUCUACAUCGCCCAUCAAAAGAGCUGCCGUCGACGCCCCUUUGACAGCAUCAGCUGUUUCAAUAGGAAAUCUAUUCGGUACUAAGAGUCGAGCAUCACAACGUUUAACACCUCUUGGAGAACCUUCCUCACAGGCGAUAAGUCCUGAUUUCAAUGGAGGGGGCAGUCCGGAUCUUAUACGAGCUCCUUCAACAGAAGAUGAUGGUUUAUUAGCCGAUGAUCUUCAUCUCGCUGGAGACUGGAGUAGCAGUAGCGAGAUUAGAUUUCCGGAUAUGGAUCACAUGGGUCCGGUUAGCGCUGUGGAUAAGAUGCUGAUGGGAGCUUCAAUGCACGAUUCAUUUCAUCCAAGCAUGAUGUUACCUGAUGAUGACAAAGCUCAUGAUGAUUUCCUUGUCAGUGAUGAGCUUAUCGAUACCAGUGGCGAGAUCGAUGCAUGUUUGAACGAUGGCGAUAGAUCUACCGACGAUGACGAAACAUCUACUCAAAUGGCGUCCUCAUCGGGUGAAUGUCGCUACAGUUGCGAUACGACAGAGUCCACUCGCGGCAACACGUUCUUCAAAGAGUUCAUCUUCUCGCCAUCUGUCUCCAUUUACGUGGACUAUCAUGGAAAGAAUAAAAUCAACGUUGAAAGAAACGGAGCUGUUUUUGCUGUUUUGAGCGGAAUUGGACAGCUGAAUCGCACUGAGUUCAUCUUGAAGGAGAUUGUCAAUCGAAAUGGAUUGUUGGGUGUUGGACGAUGUAUGAACGUUGCUAUAGACGAGUGGAUGACAGACAUCAAGUCAAAUUUGCCGAACGUCCUGGCCAGUUGCGGUCCCAUCAGUCCAUUUGUACAGAUCGGUAAAGGCGUAGUAGAUCUGUUUUGGCUUCCUGUUGCGGAACUGCGCAAAGAAGAUGGACAUGUCGUAAAAGGGAUCCAGAAAGGCGUUGGUUCAUUCGGAUUAUCAUCGGCAGCUGGUGUAGUCGGAAUGGCUCAAACUGUAGUUGGAGUCAUACAGAUGCUUGCGGAGUCAGUCUUACACGAAGUGCAGCCAUCUGCACCCUACCUGAAUGAACGAAACCGUCGGGCUGCGGCAGCAAGGGCAGCAGCUCCAACUGAUUUACGUCAUGGAUUACAACUUGCUUAUGAUAUUGCUUCAGAUGGAUACCGACAAGCUCGUGAUGAUUUGGAGUUGGCCGCGCAAGAAGACCGUGCUUCUGGACAGUCGUCAUUCCGCAGUGUUCUGAAGGUGGCACCGAAAGCUAUCAUUGGGCCAUUUGUCGCUGGCACACAAAUCGGCUAUCAAGUGUUAGGAGGUAUUCGGAAUCAAUUGAGACCUGAUGUUUAUCAGGACGAGCGACAUAAAUGGAAAAAUGAUGAAGUCCCAGGUGGUAGUGGACAACAUUGA